AUGAACAAUCAAAACAACAACAACAGCCCUAUCAAUCACCAAUUUAUUGAAGUGACACCGAAUCGUGUAGCCUAUGAAGAACAGGAGGUUCCUGUCGUCGUUCCUGUUGCUGCUGCCGUUUCCCCUGCUGCUGCCACUAUUAAGUUUCCGAUACCAGAUACACGCGCUCAAGAUGGAAUUCAGCUAGCACCUUUGCUCUUAUUGAAUUGUAUGCUGAUUAAAACAAGCGGUUGGAGUCCAAUCGUACGUUAG